UUAUCAUGUUCCUCCCCCUCACCCCUCCUCCUCAUCCCUCCUUCCCUGCCCGGUGUCAUUUCUCUUUAGUGUUUGCCGAUGUUUGAGCCGUUUCUCGGGUCUCCCUGGAAAUCAGGGGCCUGAAAAAUGAUGGUUUUUAUGCUGUUGACAAAGACGGAGGAUGAGUGAGUGGAACAGAUGGUGAGGUUCCCAGAGGAAAAGACAAAGGGAGUUCUAAUGGUGGUGAGAAGAGAUUCAGAUGCAAAAUUGACAGAGAAUGGCACAAGUUAACAUUCAGACUGCAGUAAACCUAUCUGGAUCUACCCUGGGAGCCACAGUACAAUCAACAACGGUUACUAGUGCAGGUCCUCUGGCUCUGCAGUCUUCUGUGAAUGGAUCAGUCCCAGCCUCACAUACCAUCUGUGUUAGUCCUGCAGCUGGGCUUGUGGAUUCUACUGUUUCUAUUAAUAACUCACCAGUUUCUUUCCAGGAUAACAUGGCAAACCCCAAAGAGAAAACCCCAAUGUGCCUGGUGAAUGAGUUAGCCCGUUUCAACAGGAUCCAGCCCCAGUACAAGCUCCUGGAUGAAAGAGGACCUGCCCAUGCCAAGAUUUUCACUGUACAGUUGACUCUCGGAGAUCAAAGCUGGGGAGCGGAAGGAAGUAGUAUUAAAAAGGCUCAACAUGCUGCUGCAGCCAAAGCACUGAGUGAGACUAAUCUCCCGAAACCAUGUCCACGGCCACCAAAAACUAUUAUGAAUAAUAAUCCAGGUAGUAUAACACCAACUGUAGAGCUGAAUGGUCUUGCGAUGAAGAGAGGAGAACCUGCUAUCUAUAGACCACUGGAGCCAAAGCCAAUGCCUAACUACAGAGCCAACUAUAACUUUAAGGGCAUGUACAAUCAAAGGUACCAUUAUCCAACUCCCAAAUUAUUUUACGUCCAGUUGCUUGUGGGGAAUACAGAAUUCAUUGGAGAAGGACGGACCCGUCAAGCUGCAAGACAUAAUGCUGCUAUGAAAGCCCUUCUAACUCUUCGUGAUGAGCCUAUUCCGGAGAAGACACCUCAGAGUGAAGAAAUUUCAAAUGAAGAGGAAGAAACUGAUAUCAACAAGUCUGAAAUCAGCUUGGUAUUUGAGAUUGCAUUGAAGCGCAACUUGCCUGUCAAUUUUGAAGUAACUAGAGAAAGUGGUCCGCCUCACAUGAAGAGCUUUGUCACUCGUGUUGCAGUUGGUGAGUUUACAGCUGAAGGAGAAGGAAACAGUAAAAAACUUUCGAAAAAACGAGCAGCAAUAACAGUCCUCCAAGAGCUGAAGAAACUUCCUCCCCUGCCAGUGAUUGAAAAACCAAAAACUCAUUAUAAAAAACGACCCAAAUCUAUACUGAAGACGGGUCCAGAAUAUGGACAAGGUAUGAAUCCCAUCAGUCGAUUGGCCCAGAUACAGCAAGCAAAGAAGGAGAAAGAACCAGAAUACCUUCUGUUAUCUGAAAAAGGUCUGCCACGUCGCAGGGAGUUUGUAAUGCAGGUCAUGGUGGGCCCUGAGGUGACGACUGGAACUGGUCCUAACAAGAAAGUUGCAAAGAGGAACGCUGCAGAAGCCAUGUUGUUGCAGCUCGGCUACAAAGCAUCAAUCCCUACUCAAAAUCCAGAGGAAAAGCCAGUUGAAAAGAGCUGGGAUGGACGCAAAGUGACUUUUGCAGAUCAACCAAAUAGCACCCAAAAGGGAAUUCUGCAUCUUUCCCCUGAUAUUUAUCAAGAAAUGGAAGCAAGUCGCAACAAGGCAGCUCCUGCAAUGAACUGUUUGACGUCUAAAGAAAUAAACCAUGGAUGUAGUUCCUUCUUCUGCACUACCAGCAAUACAGCGACCAUUGCAAGGGAACUUCUGUUGAAUGGAACAUCCCCAACUGCAGAAGCUAUAAGCUUGAAAGGAAAAGUACCUGCGUCCCCCUGUUCAGCAGUACAGCCCUCUCAACAACUAGAGUACUUAGCCAGAAUCCAAGGUUUUCAGGUGCAAUACAGUGAUAUGCAGAACGGCAAAGAAUGUAUGACAUACCUGACACUGUCACCUGUGCAAAUAACUUUUCAUGGCAUUGGAAGCUCCAUCGAAGCUAGCCGUGAUCAGGCAGCUUUAAGUGCCUUGAAACAACUGUCUGAACAAGGUCUUGACCCAGUAGAAGGUGCAAUCAAUAUAGAAAAUGGACCCACUGAAAUUUUGUUGGAGAUCUUCACCCAUUUCAUGUUGGAGACAAAUGAAUGGGAUAUAAUUACACACCUCUGGAACAAGUGGGACUUGAACCCGGACUGCCUGGCUCAAAGACAAGUCAAACAUCUGGCACAGAAAGCAGAUCAUAAACGGACUAGCUCAGGCACCACAGCUCAGGACUGCAAGGAUUCAAAGGCUGUCGUCAAGGAGCCUGUAGCACCCACGGCUGCCACUGCGUCCUUAUAAACCUGUCAACACGCGAUAGGGUGUAUGUGUAUGAAGAAAUGACCAAUACCAUUAUAUGAAUUUAUGUGAAGACAACACUAACAGAUUGCAAGUGAAAAAAAAAUGCAUGGUGCAAUUAAUUCGCAAGGGAAAUGAGCAGACUGUAUCGAUUCCCUUUGCAAAGAAAAAUAAAUACUUGUGUUGGUUGCCUGUUAGCAGUAGAUUUGCACUCAUCCACUGAGCUCAUAUAUCAAUUUUUAGUGGAAAGUGAUUUUUUUAAAAAGUUGAUAAGAUUAAUAUACUUCAGCACCAUUGGCUAUAAAUACUUCACCAUUGUUUCAGUAACAACCAAUUUUUCUUACUGUAGCUUGAGUUUCAGCUUUUUAUGAUGCUUGAGUAAAGUUAACCAAUGGCAGUGCUGUGAGAGUUGUAGUUGUUGUCUUCAUAUAUAGUCAUUCAGCUUAUCUUUUUAUGCUGAUAUAAGCAUUUGUCAUACUAUAUGCAUAUAUAUGAUAAAGAUAUACAGACUGCUACUCAAGAGUUGUAUGCAAAGGUAAAAACGGAAUCAUAAAGAAAAAUGCUUAUUGAUACAUGAACUGAUGUUAGCACUGAUCAGUAGAGGUUAUAAGAUUAUACUCCAGGAAAGCAGUUAUGGUGUUUGAUUUUCAUUACUGUUACAGAGGUUUAAGGUGUCUUACCUAGCAGUAACAUUUUGUAUCCUUUGCUCAUCUGUUCUGUGAAGCACAUCUACACCCAUUCUGUGUGUUGUACAACCUACCAUGUGCAUCAACUGAGUGUUUUUAAUAACUGCAUUCGGACCUGGAUAAACAAUUUAAUCUCAGUAGGAAGGUCCACGUAUACUGUAAAAAAAUCUCACAGUGAUAUAUUUAAAAUAUGCUGGUUAUGAGUAAUCUGUGAUAAUUGGGCAGAAGGUGUCAAUCUUGGUUGAAUUUUUGUAUGGAUUAGUUUUGAAUCAACGAUUGGUCAAAUGCAGUAAAACCACAUCAGUUCAUGUGUAA